AUGGCUCGGAGCCAACACCUCUCCCUCCAGGGACUCUGUGUCCUCCUCCUCAGCACCGUGGUGGGUGGUCAAGAUCUGGAGCUGAGGCUGAAGGAUGGAGCCCACCGCUGUGAGGGGAGAGUGGAAGUGAAGCACCAUGGAGAAUGGGGCACAGUGCCUGAUCAGAACUGGGGGGUGAAGGAUGCAUCUGUAGUGUGCAGACAGCUGGAGUGUGGAACUGCGAUUGGUUUUCCUGGAAGGGCUUAUUUUGGGCCAGGACUUGGCCCCAUUUGGCUUUUGUAUACCUCUUGUCAAGGCACAGAGUCAACUGUCAGUGACUGUAGGCAUUCUAAUAUUGAAGACUAUCGUAAUAAUAGCUAUUCCCAUGACCAGGAUGCUGGAGUAGUCUGCUCAGGAUUUGCACGUCUGGCUGGAGGGGAUGGACCCUGCUCAGGGCAAGUAGAAGUGCAUUCUGGAGAAGCCUGGAUCCCAGUGUCUGAUGGGAAUUUCACACUCCCCACUGCCCAGGUCAUCUGUGCAGAGCUGGGGUGUGGCAAGGCUGAGUCUGUCCUGGGACACGUGCCCUUCAGAGAGUCCGAUGGCCGGGUCUGGGCUGAAGAGUUCAGGUGUGAGGGGCAGGAGCCUGAGCUCCGGGUCUGCCCCAGAGUGCCCUGUCCAGGGGGCACGUGUAACCACAGUGGAGCUGCUCAGGUUGUCUGUUCAGCAUACCCAGAAGUCCGGCUCAUGACAAACAGCUCCUCUCAGUGUGAGGGGCAGGUGGAGAUGAACAUUUCUGGACGAUGGAGAGCGCUCUGUGCCUCCCUCUGGAGUCUGGCCAAUGCCAAUGUUGUCUGUCGUCAGCUUGGCUGUGGAGUUGCCGUCUCUACUCCCAGAGGACCACACUUGGUGGAAGAAGGGGAUCAGAUCUCAACAGUCCGAUUUCACUGCUCGGGGGUGGAGUCCUUCCUGUGGAGUUGUCCUGUGACUGUCCUGGGUGGGCCUGACUGUUCCCAUGGCAACACAGCCUCUGUGAUCUGCUCAGGAAACCAGACCCAGGUGCUGCCCCAGUGCAACAACUCCCUGUCUGAACCAGCAGGCUCUGCGGCCUCAGAGGAGAGCGCCCCCUACUGCUCAGACAGCAGACAGCUCCGCCUGGUGGACGGGGGCGGUCCCUGCGCCGGGAGAGUGGAGAUCCUUGACCAGGGCUCCUGGGGCACCAUCUGUGAUGACGGCUGGGACCUGGACGAUGCCCGCGUGGUGUGCAGGCAGCUAGGCUGUGGAGAAGCCCUCAAUGCCACGGGGUUUGCUCACUUUGGGGCGGGAUCAGGAUCCAUCUGGCUGGACGACCUGAACUGCAAAGGAAAUGAGUCCCACGUGUGGAGGUGCCCUUCCCGGGGCUGGGGGCGGCACGACUGCAGACACAAGCAGGACGCGGGGGUCAUCUGCUCAGAGUUCCUGGCCCUCAGGAUGGUGAGUGAGGACCAGCAGUGUGCUGGGUGGCUGGAAGUUUUCUACAACGGGACCUGGGGCAGUGUCUGCCGCAGCCCCAUGGACGACAUCACUGUGUCCGUGAUCUGCAGACAGCUUGGCUGUGGGGACAGUGGAACCCUCAACUCUUCUCUUGCUCUUAGAGAAGGUUCUAGACCCCAGUGGGUGGAUGGAAUCCGGUGUCGGAGAACUGACACCUCUCUCUGGCAGUGUCCUUCUGACCCUUGGAAUUACACUUCAUGUUCUCCAGAGGAGGAAGCCUACAUCUCGUGUGCAGACAGCAGACAGCUCCGCCUGGUGGACGGGGGCGGUCCCUGCGCCGGGAGAGUGGAGAUCCUUGACCAGGGCUCCUGGGGCACCAUCUGUGAUGACAACUGGGACCUGGACGAUGCCCGCGUGGUGUGCAAGCAGCUGAGCUGUGGAGAAGCCCUGGAUGCCACUAUCUCUUCUUACUUCGGGGCGGGAUCAGGGCCCAUCUGGCUGGAUGAAGUGAACUGCAGAGGAGAGGAGUCCCAAGUGUGGAGUUGCCCUUCCUGGGGAUGGCGGCAACACAACUGCGAUCAUCAAGAAGAUGCAGGAGUCAUCUGCUCAGGAUUUGUGCGUCUGGCUGGAGGGGAUGGACCCUGCUCAGGGCGAGUAGAAGUGUAUUCUGGAGAAGCCUGGACCCCAGUGUCUGAUGGGAACUUCACACUCCCCACUGCCCAGGUCAUCUGUGCAGAGCUGGGGUGUGGCAAGGCUGUGUCUGUCCUGGGACAUGAGCUCUUCAGAGAGUCCGAUGACUGGGUCCAGGCUGAAGAAUUCAGGUGUGAAGGGGAGGAGCCUGAGCUCCGGGUCUGCCCCAGAGUGCCCUGUCCAGGGGGCACGUGUAACCACAGUGGAGCUGCUCAGGUUGUCUGUUCAGUGUACACAGAUGUCCGGCUUAUGAAAAAUGGCAUCUCUCAGUGUGAGGGGCGGGUGGAGAUGAAUAUUUCUGGACAAUGGAGAGCUCUCUGUGCCUCCCACUGGAGUCUGGCCAAUGAAGUUGUCUGUCGUCAGCUCGGCUGUGGAGUUUCCAUCUCCACCCCAAACGGAGCAGAAGGAAGUGAUCAGCUCUGGAAAGCCCAAUUUCACUGCUCAGGGACUGAGUCCUUCCUGUGGCAAUGCCCUGUGACUGCCCUGGGUGUUCCUGACUGUUCCCAUGGCAACAUGGCCUCUGUGAUCUGCUCAGGAAACCAGACCCAGGUGCUGCCCCAGUGCAAUGACUCCGUGUCUGAACAAGCAGGCUCUGCAGCCUCAGAGAAGAGCGUCCCCUACUGCUCAGACAGCAGACAACUCCGCCUGGUGGACGGGGGCGGUCCCUGCGCCGGGAGAGUGGAGAUCCUUGACCAGGGCUCCUGGGGCACCAUCUGUGAUGACGGCUGGGACCUGGACGAUGCCCGCGUGGUGUGCAGGCAGCUGGGCUGUGGAGAAGCCCUCAAUGCCACGGGGUCUGCUCACUUUGGGGCAGGGUCAGGGCCCAUCUGGCUGGACGACCUGAACUGCACGGGAAAGGAGUCCCACGUGUGGAAGUGCCCUUCCCGGGGCUGGGGGCGGCACGACUGCAGACACAAGGAGGACGCGGGGGUCAUCUGCUCAGAGUUCCUGGCCCUCAGGAUGGUGAGCGAGGACCAGGAGUGUGCUGGGUGGCUGGAAGUUUUCUACAACGGCACCUGGGGCAGUGUCUGCCGCAGCCCCAUGGAUGAUGUCACCGUGUCCAUCAUCUGCAGUCAGCUUGGCUGUGGGGACAGUGGAAGUCUCAACACUUCUGUUGGUCUCAGGGAAGGUUCUAGACCCCAGUGGGUAGAUUUAAUCCAAUGUCGGAGAACUGACACCUCUCUCUGGCAGUGUCCUUCUGACCCAUGGAAAUACAGUUCAUGCUCUCCAAAGGAGGAAGCCUACAUCUCAUGUGCAGAAAGAAGAGCCAAGAGCUGUCCAGCUGCUGCCCCCUGCACAGACAGAGAGAAGCUCCGGCUCAGGGGAGGAGACAGCGAGUGCUCAGGGCGGGUGGAGGUCUGGCACGGCGGCUCCUGGGGCACCGUGUGUGAUGACUCCUGGAGCCUGGCAGGGGCCGAGGUGGUGUGUCAGCAGCUGGGCUGUGGCCAGGCCCUGGAAGCCGUGCGGGCCGCGGCGUUUGGCCCUGGAAGCGGGAGCAUCUGGCUGGACGAGGUGCUGGACCGGGAGUCCUCCCUGUGGGACUGUGCUGUGGAUCCCUGGGGGCAGAGUGACUGCAAGCAUGAGGAGGAUGCUGGUGUGAGGUGCUCUGGUGUAAGGAAAACAGUGCCCCCGACUGCAGCAGGGUCCAGACCAGUUUCAAGUCCUCUCCCUGGCUUCUUCUCCCUGGCUGGGGUCCUCUGCCUCAUCCUGGGGGCCCUUCUCUUCCUGGUCCUCAUCAUCCUGGUGACUCAGGUGCUCAGAUGGAGAGCAGAGCGCAGAGCCUUAUCCAGCUAUGAAGAUGCUCUUGCUGAAGCCGUGUAUGAGGAGCUCGAUCACCUUGUGACUCAGAAGGAGGGUCUUCUGGGCAGCCCAGGCUUCCUGUCAGAUGGUGAGGACAACAAUGACUCCAGAUCCGCUACAGCCCCAGAUCAGAAGACCUAUGCCCUUGGUGAGGAUUAUGAUGAUGCUGAAGAGGUACCGGUACCUGGGGCUCCUCCUGCCUCUCAGGGGAGUGAGGAGGAAGUGCUCCCAAAGAACAAAGAUGGGAUGACGUCUCAGACAGGCUCUUCUCUAAAUGUCUCUAGAGAGGAAGCUGAUCCUGGGGAAGGAGAAGAGAGCCCCUGGCUGCUCCAGGGGGAGACUGGGGACCCUGGGUACGAUGAUGCUGAACUAAGUGACCUGGGAACAUUCACAUUGAUGGAUGGCAAAUUGGUGCUCACCCACACCCUGCAUCCACAUGGGACAAGAGGGCAAGAAAGUGGAGACUUAGGCAGAGGGGAUCCAGAAGAAGGGAUAGAUGGGAAAGUCAGGACCACGGAAGCAGGAGGUCAAAGGACCGUGUUGCUCAUAAAAGGAGAUGUAGAAGAUGCAGAAGCUCAUUGGUGUCUGAGCUUCAGAAAGUGGCAGAUGCAGCCUCCGAUAGUGCCUGAAAUGGUAAAAGGACGUGAAGUCAGGAUGGCUCUGAGCCGACACCUCUCCCUCCAGGGACUCUGUGUCCUCCUCCUCAGCACUGUGGUGGGUGGUCAAGCUGUGAAUCUGAGGCUGAUGAAUGGAGGUCACCGCUGUGAGGGGAGAGUGGAAGUGAAACAACAAGGAAAAUGGGGCACGGUGCAUGAUUACAAGUGGAGCUUAGAAGAGGCAGCUGUCGUGUGCAGACAGCUGGGGUGUGGAGCUGCUAUUGAUGCUCCCCAAAGAUCUUAUUUUGGACCAGCAGCUGGCCCCAUUUGGUUUUCUUAUAUUUCCUGCAGAGGGACAGAGUCAGCUCUGAGGCAGUGUAGGUAUCCUAAAGUGAAAGACUAUCGUCCUCAGGGUUAUUCCCAUGACUAUGAUGCUGGAGCAGUCUGCUCAGGAUUUAUGCGUCUGACUGACGGAGAUGGACCCUGCUCAGGGCGAGUAGAAGUUCAUUCUGGAGAAGACUGGACCCCAGUGUCUGAUGGAAACUUUACAUUCCCCACCGCCCAGGUCAUCUGUGCAGAGCUGGGAUGUGGCAAGGUUGUGUCUGUCCUGGGACACGUGCCCUUCAGAGAGUCAGAUGGCCGGGUCUGGGCUGAAGAGUUCAGGUGUAAAGGGGAGGAGCCUGAGCUCUGGUUCUGCCCCAGAGUGCCCUGUCCAGGGGGCACCUGUCACCACAGUGGAGCUGUUCAGGUUGUCUGUUCAGAAGUCCGACUGAUGACAAACAGCUCCUCUCAGUGUGAGGGGCAAGUGGAGAUGAACAUUUCUGGACGAUGGAGAGCACUCUGUGCCUCCCACUGGAGUCUGGCCAAUGCCAAUGUCGUCUGUCAUCAGCUCGGCUGUGGAAUCGCCAUCUCCACCCUCAGAGGACCACACUUUGUGGAAGGAGGUGAUCAGAUCUCAACAGCCCGAUUUCACUGCUCUGGGGUGGAGUCCUUCCUGUGGAGUUGCCCUGUGACUGCCUUGGGUGGUCUUAACUGUUCCCAUGGCAACACGGCCUCUGUGAUCUGCUCAGGAAACCAGACCCAGGUGCUGCCCCAGUGCAACGACUCCCGCUCGGAAUCAGCAGGCUCUGCAGCCUCAGAGAAGAGCGCCCCCUACUGCUCAGACAGCAGACAGCUCCGCCUGGUGGACGGGGGCGGUCCCUGCGCCGGGAGAGUGGAGAUCCUUGACCAGGGCUCCUGGGGCACCAUCUGUGAUGACGGCUGGGACCUGGACGAUGCCCGCGUGGUGUGCAGGCAGCUGGGCUGUGGAGAAGCCCUCAAUGCCACGGGGUCUGCUCACUUUGGGGCAGGAUCAGGACCCAUCUGGCUGGACGACCUGAACUGCACAGGAAAUGAGUCCCACGUGUGGAGGUGCCCUUCCCGGGGCUGGGGGCAGCACGACUGCAGACACAAGCAGGACGUGGGGGUCAUCUGCUCAGAGUUCCUGGCCCUCAGGAUGGUCAGUGAGGACCAGCAGUGUGCUGGGUGGCUGGAAGUCUUCUACAACGGGACCUGGGGCAGUGUCUGCCGAAGCUCCAUGGAAGACAUCACUGUGUCUGUCAUCUGCAGUCAGCUUGGCUGUGGGGACAGUGGAAGUCUCCACUCUUCUGUUGCUCUUAGAGAAGGUUCUAGACCCCAAUGGGUAGCUGGAAUCCGGUGUCGGAACACUGAUACCUCUCUCUGGCAGUGUCCUUCUGACCCUUGGAAUUACAGUUCAUGCUCUCCAAAGGAGGAAGCCUACAUCUCAUGUGCAGGCAGCAGACAGCUCCGCCUGGUGGACGGGGGCGGUCCCUGUGCCGGGAGAGUGGAGAUCCUUGACCAGGGCUCCUGGGGCACCAUCUGUGAUGACGGCUGGGACCUGGACGAUGCUCGCGUGGUGUGCAGGCAACUGGGCUGUGGAGGAGCCCUCGAUGCCUUGCAAUCUGCUCAAUUAGGUCAGGGAUCAGGGCGCAUCUGGCUGGAUGAACUGAACUGCGGAGGAAAGGAGUCCCACGUGUGGAGGUGCCCUUCCCGGGGCUGGGGGCGGCACGACUGUGUGCAUGCAGAGGAUGCUGGGGUUGUCUGCUCAGGAUUUGUGCGUCUGGCUGGAGGGGAUGGACCCUGCUCAGGGCGAGUAGAAGUGCAUUCUGGAGAAGCCUGGACCCCAGUGUCUGAUGGAAACUUCACACUCCCCACUGCCCAGGUCAUCUGUGCAGAGCUGGGGUGCGGCAAGGCUGUGUCUGUCCUGGGACACGUGCCCUUCAGAGAGUCAGAUGGCCGGGUCUGGGCUGAAGAGUUCAGGUGUGAGGGGGAGGAGCCUGAGCUCCGGGUCUGCCCCAGAGUGCCCUGUCCAGGGGGCAGGUGUCAGCACAGUGGAGCUGCUCAGGUUGUCUGUUCAGUGUAUGCAGAAGUCCGGCUCAUGACAAACAGCUCCUCUCAGUGUGAGGGGCAGGUGGAGAUGAAUAUUUCUGGACGAUGGAGAGCGCUCUGUGCCUCCCACUGGAGUCUGGCCAAUGCCAAUGUUGUCUGUCGUCAGCUCAGCUGUGGAGUCGCCAUCACCACCCCUAGAGGACCACACUUUGUAGAAGGAGGUGAUCAAAUCUCAACAGUCCGAUUUCACUGCUCGGGGGCUGAGUCCUUCUUAGGGACAUGCCCUGUGACUGCCCUGGGUGGUCCUGACUGUUCCCAUGGCAACACAGCCUAUGUGAUCUGCUCAGGAAACCAGAUCCAGGUGCUGCCCCAUUGCAAUGACUCCCUGUCAGAAUCAGCAGGCUCUGCAGCCUCAGAGGAGAGCGCCCCCUACUGCUCAGACAGCAGACAGCUCCGCCUGGUGGACGGGGGCGGUCCCUGCGCCGGGAGAGUGGAGAUCCUUGACCAGGGCUCCUGGGGCACCAUCUGUGAUGACGGCUGGGACCUGGACGAUGCCCGCGUGGUGUGCAGGCAGCUGGGCUGUGGAGACGCCCUCAACGCCACGGGGUCUGCUCACUUCGGGGCAGGAUCAGGGCCCAUCUGGCUGGACGACCUGAACUGCACAGGAAAUGAGUCUCACGUGUGGAGGUGCCCUUCCCGGGGCUGGGGGCGGCACGACUGCAGACACAAGGAGGACGUGGGGGUCAUCUGCUCAGAGUUCCUGGCCCUCAGGAUGGUGAGCGAGGACCAGCAGUGUGCUGGGUGGCUGGAAGUUUUCUACAACGGGACCUGGGGCAGUGUCUGCCGCAGCCCCAUGGAAGACAUCACCGUGUCCAUGAUCUGCAGACAGCUUGGCUGUGGGGACAGCGGAAAUCUCAACUCUUCUGUUGCUCUUAGGGAAGGCUCUAGACCCCGCUGGGUAGAUGGAAUCCAGUGCCGGAGAGCUGAUACCUCUCUCUGGCAGUGCCCUUCUGACUCGUGGAAUUACAACUCGUGCUCUCCCAAGGAGGAAGCCUAUAUCUCGUGUGCAGGAAGAAGAGCCAAGAGCUGUCCAGCUGCUGCCCCCUGCACAGACAGAGAGAAGCUCCGGCUCAGGGGAGGAGACAGCGAGUGCUCAGGGCGGGUGGAGGUCUGGCACAGCGGCUCCUGGGGCACCGUGUGCGAUGACUCCUGGAGCCUGGCAGAGGCCGAGGUGGUGUGUCAGCAGCUGGGCUGUGGCCCGGCCCUGGAAGCCGUGCGGGCCGCGGCGUUUGGCCCUGGAAACGGGAGCAUCUGGCUGGACGAGGUGCGGUGCGGGGGCCAGGAGUCCUCCCUGUGGGACUGUGCUGCGGAGCCCUGGGGGCAGAGCGACUGCAAGCACGAGGAGGAUGCUGGUGUGAGGUGCUCUGGUGCAAGGACAUCAUUGCCCCCAAAUACAGCAGGGACCAGACCAGCCUCGAAUCCUCUCCCAGGCAUCUUCUCCCUGCCUGGGGCCCUCUGCCUCAUCCUGGGGGCCCUUCUCUUCCUGGUCCUCGUCGUCCUGGUGACUCAGGUGCUCAGAUGGAGAGCAGAGCGCAGAGCCUUAUCCAGCUAUGAAGAUGCUCUUGCUGAAGCAGUGUAUGAGGAGCUCGAUUACCUUGUGUCAUGGAAGGAGGGUCUUCUGGAUAGCCCAGGCGUCCUGUCAGAUGGUGAGGACCACGAUGACACCAGAUCUGCUCCAGAAGCCCCAGAUCAGAGGACUGAUGCUCCUGGUGAGGGUUAUGAUGAUGCUGAAGAGGUACCAGUGCCUGGGGCUCCUCCUGCCUCUCAGGUGAGCGAAGAGGAAGUGCUCCCAGUGAAGGAACAUGGGAUGAGGUCUCAAACAGGCUCUUCUCUGUUCAUCUUUGGAGAGGAAGCUGAUCCUGGGGAAGGAGAAGAGAGCCCGUGGCUGAUCCAGGGGAACAAAGGGGACCCUGGGUAUGAUGACGUUGAACUCGGUACCCCAGGAACAUCCACAGUGACUUUCCCAUGACCUUGUAUUAAAUAUGCGAUGAAGCCUCAGAUAUUCUAAUUGCCUGUAUUUCAAUAGAGUAAGGCUGACCUGUAAUUGUGUUAUAUGGAAAUUGUUCAAAAUGAAGUAUUCUGAAUAAAGUAACUUUUUGCUGUGUUGCUAAUUUA